CACCGCCCUGUUCACUUCCUCAGCUCCUCACUCGUUUUUCCCUCUUCUUCUUCACCGUUCAUCGCCCUUUCCCUUUCCUCUCGCUUGUCCUUCCACUUUCCCUUUUGGGUCUUUCCUAUUUUCUCUCCCAGGCAUUGCAAUGCGUAGCAUUGGCUUGAAGGAAAGGCUUGUAUUCACUACACAAUGAGUGCGGCAUCCAAGGAAACUAUGAUGACUUCCAAUCAGGCUACCAAAAUGUUUACUUAUGAGUUUCCGGAUGUUGACUCGGAUUUAUCUAUUUUCCCUGUUCCUGAAGAUGAUGUCUUAGGGGUGGAACAUUUCUUGGAACCUGAAAUUAACAAAUGCUUUUCUGGCAGUGUUCUAGAUUUCAACACGUUCCACUCUCACAAGUGCUUAGGCAUUGAACAUUUUUCGUUCGCUGUUGAUUUUGAUCACAUAAAGAUCGAUAGUGAAUCAUUGCAUUCUAGCCUUACUUUAGAAGGAGAGAGAACCAAGCAAGAGGAUCAUGAUGGAAAACUGCACGGAGCUGAUGAUGUGUGUUCUGGGAGUAACAAACUUCUAGGAACCGCGAACAGUCGAACCACAGAUGAUAUCUUCAAUCUGGCUCCUGGUUCAUCCAAUGCUUCUUUUCUAGGCAAUGUGGAUUUCGGUAGCUACUCGCAAGGCUUUUGUACGACGGACAUUGGCGUUGACUUGUCUUUUACCGGAGGGCAUAAUGUGGCGUUUGAUCAGAAGGAAAGCAAACUUAUGAUCUCAUCUAGCACCGGGUCCUCGGGCUGUUCGGGUAGUGCUACUGCAUGCUUGGAUGACGAGAAUAUGUCAGACAACAGGCCUGUGAAGAGGAAGAGACUUUCAAGUUGCAGCUCGUCGAAAACUAAUUCUGAACACAAUGAAUCUAGAAUCGUUCUCUUUAACGAAGGUAAUCGAGGCGAUACACUUGUUACCGAAAAGAGAUUACGAAAGCCUCCCAGGAGAUACAGUGAAGAGUCGGUCGAACAAAAAUCGAGAUCUAAUAGCAAGAAAAGUGCUCCUAGAGCUUCCAAGGAUAAGUCUCGACCUUCCGAGUCUCACAAGCAUCAAUGGCAGAAGAAACUUAAAGCAGCGCCAGUCGUUUAUAAAGAUAAAUCAUUCAAUGGAGGUUGUAUUCAGGUUCCGUUCGGUCUUCCAAUAGAAGAAAGUCACUCGGCCAAAAAGAUCAUAUGUUGGGAGCCCGAGGAGAUCAAGGAGAAUAGAAUAUUAUGCAUAAAAGAUAAAAACGAUGUGGAGUCUUUCUCGGCCGAGUCAGAGGACGAGAACACUGAAGACGAAUGUGCCACAAAAGUUUACAACGCUCAAAAAGGCAACAGUCGCCGUAAGCAUCAUAUCUCGUGGACUCUUUCCGAGGUUAUGAAGUUGAUAGAAGGGGUAUCGGAGUAUGGAGUCGGACGGUGGACAGAAAUAAAGAGGCUACAGUUUUCGUCGUCUUCGCAUCGAACAUCUGUGGAUCUGAAGGACAAAUGGAGAAAUCUAUUGAAGGCAAGUGACACACAGUUGCAAAACAGAAGAAAGGUCGUUGUUGGUCGGAAGCAAACGUCGCAGCAAGUACCUGAGUCCGUUCUAUGUCGGGUUCGGGAAUUGGCAGCGAUUUAUCCAUAUCCUAGGGAAAACAAAUCCAAGAAUUUAUGCUCAGCCCCCUCAAGUUCAUCCUUCAAAUCUACUGCCAAUAACAUGCUUAUAUCUUUGCCCACAGUUAUGUGAAGUUGAAUAGAGAUCCAGAUUGGCUUUUUCACUUUUUCGUUUCUUUUUCGGUUUAUUAGGACGACAACGACAACGACGACGUUAGAAAUGUGAAAAUCUUCCUUUACCCACUGACUUGUUUGGCAAACAGAUUUAAAACCCGAACAGUUCGAUCUCUAUCUCUUUCUAUGUUGCUGCGAACUCGAGCAUUUCCUUUGGAAGCGAUGGCUAUACGAUAGUGAUUUAAGCGUA